AUGAUUUCUCCUUCUUUUACCGUCACUGCCCCAGGAAAGAUAAUCCUUCACGGAGAACAUGCAGUUGUCUAUGGAAAGGUAGUUAUUUUUAGCUUUUCGCCUUUGAAUAAGCGCGUUUUGAAUGGGUUUGUUUACAAUACUCUAUAGGAGAGAAUUAAUGGUUGCUAUUUCCUCCUUUUUAGAAAGCCGUUGCAGCAGCUAUCGAUUUGAGGACAACACUCAAAUUGGAAGCAACCAACGACGGUCAAUUUACGCUGAAAUUGCUAAACUUUGGGACAACGUGCAGGUGGAAAGGAGAGGAGCUACAACAAGAUGUGGAAAAACUUGGUAAGGUGUCAGUGUAGAGUGAACUGUAUACUUUUAUAGGAUGUCUGGAAAUCUAAGUUCAUGCUUGUCAAACUUGCAAUCCCCUUCCAGGGGCUCUGUGAAUUUUGCCAUUUUCAGCUAGAAACCACUGGAGUGGGGCUGUUGGGGAUAAUACAGGGGUGGGUGAGUGGGUGGGGGGGGGGGAUUGGACAUGGGAAAGGACUUUUUAUUUCUUGAUUACAUAAGCAGUACUGUUAACUAGUUAAAAAGGACAUAUUGUUACAAAACACUCUGCCAUGAUCAGGUUAUGUCAUAGCAAAUCCAAACUUUGACUCUUUUUCAAGGUUCCAUGGUAAAAACUACAUCAGUGUGCAUCAUAUCUUGCAAGGGUAAAUCAUCUUGAGACUGAAAUAGGAAUUGGUUGUUAGUCACACCUGAGAUAUAUACUUGAUGGCCUAAAAGUGAGUACCAGACUCCAGAUCAAAUGACAUGGGCUGGGCCAUCAUGAGGUGUUUUCUGUCAAGAUUCUUUGUUCUUACAAUGCCUCUCUUCAGAGUGUCAAGCUUUGACAUGACUCAAUUUUCCCAAAAAGUAUCAUCAGAUUUUUUUUUCUUUUUUUCCUUUUUUCAUAUAACUAAACUUGUAGUUCUAGUGGCUACGUUAUGGUUUCAGGUUUCUAAAUAGUGACUGAAUAGAUAUGCUUGGAGCUGUGUUAUCUGACUCAUACCUUGAAAGCUUGAACAGGAUGAGCCACUUGUCUCAUGUUGAUGAUAUAAUCAUUUUGAACAUUGCAUUGCGUGGACAUCAAAAUAUCACCAGUCAAUCAGUUGAGGCUCUUUCCUCAGACCCAAUAAAUUAUCAUUACAUUUGAGAGUGUGCUCUAAAAUGUCAGCCAUUUAGAAUUCUGUCACAGGCAUGGUAAUCAAAAUGUUACUGUUGUUUAAAUAUGAGAGGAACUUACCUCACCCAGAUAUGUACUGCUGGAUUACUUUUACUGUCCAUUUUGCCUUUGAGUUCUCUGCACUUUUCUGGGACCAGGUGAAUUGCAAAUGAUGCAGUGAGUGCCUUCUGCACUUUUUUGCAUGAUAAAAGUUGAUCAGCUCUUCUUCUAUCACAUUGGUGAGUUUGAGAGUUGUUGAUUUGGUUUUUUUAUUUCUCAGGUAGAGAUGGAUCAUGUUGGCCACAGGAUGGAAGAAAGCUGUUCAAAAGGUCUUUUGACCUCUCUGAGGUCAAAGAAGUGGAUGAGAGAGUCAUUAAUGAUGCAAUAAGUGUGUUUAUUUACCUCAUUGGUCAGAUUGUUGAAGAAAUUGACAGGUAGGCUUAGAUAAGGGUGCUCAAAUAGGUAUUAAGUAGCUUAGUGGAUGAGGGUCAUGCUCAAAUGAUCAUAUUUCCACUACUAUAAUUUGAAACAAGGAGAAUUUGUUAAAUAAUCAAGAGCUGUUUUAGUUGGUGAUCAUCUCCUCUAUUCUCAUGACUUUUGUGUUUGAUUCAGGGGUGAUAUAGUAAGGAGAAAAUAGAUGCUAGUCACUCUUAGGGGCUAAAGGAUUAAGCUUACUUGAACACUAAAAUAAAUUGCAUUUGGCUAAUUUCUAUUGUUAAAAACCACUAUUUAGCAGACACUGUACUGAACUGACACUGUGGUGUAUGGAAUUACAUCCUUGAAACAGUCAAUCAAAUGUAAUCAAAGAGUCAUUGUACGGCAUUUAUUAUUGUGGCUAUUUUGCUGUUAUGUUUUUGCAUUACUAUCAACAAAUUAAAGUUGGUAAAGCAAGGUAAUAAACUUGAACUGUAGAUAGCUUUGUUAACAACAUGGAACGUUAUUGCAGUACAGAGUAAACAUUGAAUGUUAAUCAUAAACGAACAUUGUGCAAUUUUUACAAACCUCUAUUCAUUGGACACACUCUAUUAAGCAGACACUUCAGAAGGUUCUGAGGGUGUCCACUUAUUUGAGGUUUCACUGUGUAAUGGUAAUAACACUCAUGCACAUUCAUGGAAAAAGCAAUAAACUCAUUGUAAUAUGAGCAACCUCAACAACCUUUCUGACAAACCUUGAGGGUUAAGAGGAAGCCUCAGUUACUGUUUUGUGUAUGUGCAUGUGUGUGCAUACUCAACAUGCCUUAAAUUAUGCGCAGCAUGGAUUUGUAAUGUAACUGGAGGAUCUAAAAUCAUCUCAACUUUUUUUAGGACAAUUUCUGAGAGGACAUGUGGAAUUACUGUUCGGUGUACGGAAUAGAGUUAUGUGUCAGGGAUGCAGUGAAGAAUUUAAGAUGUAAAAGGCAUGGGUUUCUUAAUUGUUUGUGCUGAGGUCCAAAAUUAUGUGCUAAACAAUUAUCCUUUUUUCUAGGGUUCCUUCAUUCUCAGUGGUAGUGAACACAUCUUUACCAGUUGGAGCUGGUUUGGGAUCAUCAGCAUCAUACUGUGUUUGCCUUUCCACAGCUCUUCUGGCAGUAACAGGAAAGAUUUCACAACCCUCAAUGAUGAGAUCCAUUCCAGGUGAUGAGAGAGAGCUAUGCCAAAAUGAAAUGGCAUCUCUGUCUGUUAAAGACCUGGAGUUAAUUUGUAAUUGGAGUUUAGAGGCAGAAAAGCUUGUUCAUGGAAAGCCAUCUGGAAUUGACAACUCAGUUUGUACAUAUGGUAGGUAGAAACAAAAUAGGAUGUUCCUAUGUUCCCAGGAUACUAAUGUACAGUGCACAACCCAACUCCCUUUAGGCCUAGCCCAGAGUUUGAUAUUAUGGUAAACCUUUUCACCCCAGUAUCAAAAUUCUCCCUACUCUUCUCUAUACAUUGCCUUUGGUGCUGACAAGGAGAAUUGGCUUAGCAAUCAAAGAUUCUUAAAUUGAUGAUCAUUUCCAUUAUUCUUAUGAUUUUAAUGAAUGACUCUGCAUUACAACCCUUUCAUGGAGUAUUCUCAUUUCAUUUGAUUAGUAGCUGAUCAUUCUUUUUUAGGAGCAGUUCUUACUUUCCAAGAUGGAACAAUUGAGCACUUGUCAAGGUACUAUAUAAUAAAUGAACAUUUGAAAAGCUAAUUAUUGUCAGCAUUAUAAUUCAAAUCAGAGGUGUAUUUAUUGAUAUUGAGCUGCGGCAAUUGAAGAUAGCUGCUCUCACUUGAAUUUUGCCUCCACUACUUGACUGGGUACCAAGGUGAUGAUACCCAGGCAGCCAAGCUAUGGUACUGUUUGUGUAGCACCAGUGUGCCUAAAAAGGUACAGGUAUAUACAAUCAAGGUAAAAUAAAUGUUCCAAAUCCACUUUCUAAAACCCUUAAAGACUAGCAGCUUAAAAAAAACAGGGAACAUAUACCUACCAAAGGCAGUGGUGUAACCCCUGAGAUUUUAGAUAAAAUUUUCUCUGAGAAUAGAAUAGUACAAUAUAUAAAAGAAAAAUCUGGUGACAAUAUGACAGUCUUUAUAAACGAAAAUAAGAGAAGUUUAGCUGAAGAAUGCCUCACCCUUUGAACAACUGCAAAUUACAACCUACCAGCUAACACUCCUCAUGCCUUGCACCUGUCUCCAGCCCUCCAAUGCAGGCUGACAAAAUAGUUGUCUUUGCUAAUUACACUUAUUAUAACUUGAAUAUUUUAAUUUAUUUUACUAAAAUUUUCUUCUGAUUUAGGAGUUUAUGUCUUUUAUAACAGAAUUCCACAGCUCAGGGUCUUGAUAACUGACACAAAGAUACCCCGCAGCACAAAGAAGUUAGUGGCAGACUUAAGGGACAGAUGUCAACAGGUGAAAUGAUGAACUACAGAAUUUUUAACUGUUUGUUUUGUCAAUUUUGUUUUCAGGCUUGAAUGCCAGUUAGGCCAGUUACUUAACCCUGUAACUCCCAAGAUCUGAUUGUUAAUUCUCCCCUCUUGCUGUUACACAUUUCCAUGUUAAUUAGUUACAAGAAUGUGGUGUUGGAUCAAGGCAACAACUUCGACUUGAUAAGUUUGGGUAUUCUCAUUACCUGUUUGCUAGACAAUGUAUGGAUGCUAUUGGGAGAAGAUACAUGUUAAUCACCUCUAGGAGUUAAGGGGUUAAGUACAUUUUCCAAAAAUGAAUCAAAGCUGUCUUGACAUUAUAAUCUUUUCAACCACUCUUUAUCUAAAAAUCUCUAGCUUCCUUCUGUUUACAAUCCUUUGUUUGAUGCUGUUGGUGCUAUCGCAGAAGAGAGCUGUGUGUAUCUUGAGAAGCUGUAUCAAACCCAAGGUAUGUGUUCUUAGCAGUGUUUUUUUUCCAGUUAAUAUUUUUAAUGUGUGUCAAAAGUCGACGUGGCACCACUCAGAUGUGGAUGGAAUUUUCUCGAGUGAUGUUAACAUCAGGACUAGCCUCUGCUGACCACCAGACUUUUCUCUUUUUGCAGCAGCUUCACCACCGGAAGAAGAAAACUCUCAAGAGCACUAUUGUAUGUUGAAGGUAGACGUUUUUCCUCUUCAUUGUAUCAUCACACUGUGCUGGCUUUCUAAUUGCAUGAGUGUGCCUUCCUUGUUUUACGAUGGGAUGGAAAAGAGGACUCUUUUAAUCAAAUGUUCGUCUCCUUUGUGUACGUGUUACACAAAUUUGUUUGAGUGUCUCAAUUUCUUCCUGGCAUAUUUUGCGUGACAGCGGUUGUUUCUUUUGUUUGCGUUUAUAACUUUGCGCGGGAAAUUGGCGCGCAGCCGGCUUAAGAAAAAACCCUUGCACGUGCCCUACGUUGGAUCGCUGUGUUCGCCAAGCCUUCAUACUUUCCUCGUUCUGCGCCAAUAGUGCUCUCCGUUUACUGAACGCCUGGACCCGAGUAUUUCUUCGCUUGAAGAGUUCGGAGGUUGUUGAAUAAGGAAAGUAAAGCUAGGGGGGAAAGAAAUUUCCUUGUUUGUCUACCAAUCCGUUUAUUUUGUUUAUGUUUGUUAUUUUGGACACAGAAACUUAUUGACUUGAACCAACAGUUGCUUGUGACAUUAGGAGUUAGCCACAGUUCAUUGGACCAGGUGUGUCACGUGACCGCUAAACACGGUUUGCACUCCAAGUUGACUGGAGCGGGCGGCGGAGGAUGUACCUUUACACUUGUCACGCCAGGUAUACUUUGUCACGUUAGAUACACCUUUGUCACGUUAAUUUAAGUUUGUUGGAACAGAGAAAGCAGGCUUUGUUUAAGGUGCAAUCGCGCCACGCAAAUGUUUCGCAGGUUUUUCUAUUUCUUUGUAAUGACCUCUUAUUAAUGGUUCGCUUACGCCGUUCUCCAGCAUGUUACAAAAAUACAUAAUCCUGUCGGGAACGGGUAUCCGACAAAUAAGUCACAGGUUCGCUACACUGCCCGCGGUUCUUCUCGUCGCCCUUGAUAAUAACGACGUCCCCACUUGUUACAGAUAGCUGCCUUUUGUUGUGUUUCAUGUUGUGCCGCUCGCGUAGUCCCCUUUAGGUACUCGGCAGACCACCUUUUCCAGAUCACAUCUUUGCAUCUCGCUAGAUAUCUUGCACGCUUUCUCAGAUCAGGAUUCUCUUGAUGGCGUGCUUCAGGAUCAGGCAACAAGUUAGGGCGUCCGAACUGUAACAUGUUAGGGGUCAACAAAGGAAGCUGUAGAUCUUCUUCUACAUAACUCAGAGGACGGUUGUUCAGCGCGACCUCCACGUCAAGCAGCACGUCCUGCAGUUCUGCCCAGGUGAGGGUUCCAUUUCCGACAGACUUAUUGAAGGCCUGCUUGACAAUACCGACCAUCCGUUCAAAUUGCCCGCCCCACCAUGGAGCUCUACUGAGAUUGAACUGCCAUUUGAUAUUCAUCUUGGCAAGGUAGUCAUGGAGGCGCUCGUCUUGCAUUACAUUCCGUAGCCACUUUGCUGCAGCUACGAAGGUCCUACCAUUGUCUGAAUAGAUUUUUUCAGGACGACCUUUUCUUGCUAUGAACCGCUUCAAGGUAGUGAUAAACUCUUCAGUCUCCAUGGUCUUGGUUAAUUCGAGGUACAAGGCUCGGGACAGGCUACAGGCAUACAGGACUAUGUACGCUUUUCCUUCUUUGUUUUUGCUGUCACGGUACUUGAUCGGUCCGGCGUAGUCUAUUCCAACAACCUGAAAGGGCGAGGUUCCCUCUGUUCUAUCUGUAGGCAGGUUGCCUGGAGGAGGGUUGGCAAAUGCUGAUACAUGAAAUCUUUUGCAUCCAUAGCACCGCUUGAUAAGUCGUUUAACAAGCUGGCGCAAUCUAGGUACCCAAUACGUCUCGCGUACGCUGGCCAUGGUCAAACCAACUCCCCCAUGUAGGGUCUGGUUGUGGAAGUGUGUCACUAGUUUUCCAGUAAACACGCCAUCGUCAGGUAGGUAAAUUGGGUAGUGGCCCUGAAUACGUCCUCGGCACUCGAAUAUCCCAUCUAUGUUCUUCUGGAGGUUCAGUUUCAUUUGGUCUUCAUCAAACUUGAUGGUGCCUUGACUCCUGACUUGUGAUCUUCUUACCCAGAACUGCAACUGGUUGGCUGUCUCUUCGGUAGUGAUUGGUCCGGUGAUCCUUUGCUGGCGUUUAGCUCUGCAGUUCCUUGUAAAUCGCACAACCCACGAGCAGAUUCGGAUGGCCUUCCAUAAGUCGUACUUGUGCAUCACUAGGUCCAGAUCGUCAUCCGUCUUCACAGUUACGCCCAGAACUCCCCUUAUGAUCUUGGCUUCGGCUUGUGAUUCCUUGGUAGGAGUGGUGACAAUAUCUGCCGACCAACUCUCUGGGAAAGGUAACCACGUUGGCCCAUGCCACCACAGAUCUGAGCAGUUACUAAUUUGCCCGCCUCGGCUACCCAGGUCGGCAGGGUUUUCCUUGGUACCCACGUGCCUCCACUGGAUGUACUUUUUCUCUUGGAUUUUCCUCACUCGAUUGUUAACAAACUGCUUGUAAUCUCCGCCCCCCUUGAUCCAGUGAAGAGCUACGCUGCUAUUGAGCCAACAAUAAACACCUUCAACUGGGAAACCUUGCAGCGCUUCUUUAACGUUAUCUACAAGAUUGGCUGCCAUGUGCCCCGACACUAGUUCGAGUUUUGGUAUGGUGAGUCCUUUCUUCGCCAGUCUAGACUUUGCUGUUAUGAGCCCUUGUGAUAGCCCCGUCGCUUGAUGUGUGACGGCGUAAACAGCAGCUGACACGCCCUGGCUGCUCGCGUCCCCAAAGGCAUGCAGGUUGAUGCUAGUGAUCUCUUCUUGGUGCUGGGCAAUGCUUCUUGGUACUUCUACCUUAUCUGUUAGGUUGUUCUCCCAGGUUUGCCAACGGGUCUCGAGUCCCUGGGGUAGCUCUUGGUCCCAUGGGAUUCGAGCUUCACACAUUUCUCUGUAAAGGAAUUUCCCUUCCAAAGUGAUUGGUGAUGCUAGACCGAGGGGAUCGUAGAUCUUAGCGAUCUUUCCGAGGACUUCUCUCUUAGUUGCUUUCGAUAUCGGGUCAGGGAAACUGGUUUGUAUUGUAUCCUCUCGUUUAUCCCAUGGUACACCAAGCAGCUUCGUUUCUCCUUGCUUGACUCCUAACUGGUCCUUGGCAUAGCUCUGGUUCUCACCUUGAUGGGUAGUGGGUAGUUCUUUUGUUGUUUCUUCGUGGGGUGAAGGCUGUUCCAGGGCCGGGACAUUAGAGUGCCAUUUGUGCAGUUCAAAUUUCCCAGCUCUGAAAAUGGACUGUGAUGCUUGUUUCAGGUGUUGUGCGCCAGCCACGGUUUUAUCACCGCUGAUUAAGUCGUCCACGUAGAGGCUUCGUCGGAUCUCUUCAACUUCCCUUGGGUAGACGUUCUGAAGAUUUUUUAGGUGCUGAUCAAUCACUCCCCCAAGCAAGAAUGGCGACGUGGACAAGCCGAACAGUGCUCGUGUGAAGCGUAAAGUUUCCACGUGUUUGGUGUCUAGGUCCUUGAGCCAGUGAAAUCGCAUCACGUCUCUGUCUUCCUCUCGGAUUCUCACUUGUAGAAAAGCUUGCUUCAGGUCCCCUGCUAGGGCCACAGGUUGGAACCGGUUUCUCACGAGUACGUUCCAAAGUUUGUUUUGCAAUGGUGGCCCAGUCUCUAGGCAGUCGUUGAGGGAUGGUGCUUUCUCGUUCGCUCGGGCGGACGCAUCGUAGACAAUUCGAAUCUUCGUGCUCUCUGCCGUCUCUCGAAUCACGGCCUUAUGCGGGAUGUAAAACUCCUUCCCUUCUGGUUCACUGUGCACUCGUUCGACUAUUCCUUGAGAUAACUGAUCUUGAAUGACCCCGUCAUACUUCUGCAACAUGCCUGGUUGUUUCUCUAGCUUUCUGACAAGGUUCUCUAGUCGUUUCAGGCUGCCAUGUUUGUUGUUAGGGAGGGGUGGAUGAUUUCCCUUCAAAGGAGGCCUGUUUCGUACCAUCCUUGCGGGUUUCUCGUUAGCUGCUCCUUGAAUUCUUCGAAUACGAGAUCUUGGUCGCCAACUGGAUGGUCUUGUAGACCAAGCACAUCAAGUCUACACAAGGCUUCAUAGUCAGCCGCAGAGGUUUGGGUCAGGAACAUGUUUGUGAGGUCAGAUUCACUUCCGGGUGACAUGAUGGUCCAUCCUAAUCUUGUUAAUUCGGCAAUGGGUUCUCCUGGUUUCCCGAUCUUGGGUGUGGUCUCGGUCUUUAUCUGCGCGUAUUCGUUUGUUCCGAGGAUGAGAUGUACAGGAAGCUCCUCUUUCUCGUCUACGUCAUCCAUUGUGACUUCCUUCAGGUGAUCGUAUCUUUCCACCAGCUCCUUGUACCGAGGGUUUUCCAAACUGAGUAGCGUUCCGCGGUCCACCUUAGUCACUUCGGUUCGAAGCUGAAAUUCCCCCGUCAAACUGCUAAUAACAACAUUGUAAAUUUCGAUCUCCCUGUUGGUCGCUUGCAUCAUCAUUUCGAUGCGUUUGAACUCUCUUCGAACUGGCUGUUUCCCCAUGCGAUCGAGCAAGGCUGCAGAUGCGUAGGAGCUCCCAGCACCGGUGUCUAACAGCGCGCGGCAAUGGAUUCCACCCACACUCACGAUGACCACCGGGUAAGUAACGGAUCCUUUCCCAGUAGCCACCAACAUAGGCUCCGGCGAUUGUUGAGGUAUCUUCUCGGGACAAAUUGACGAGUGGUGUCUUCGGUUGCAAAACUUGCAGCACGCAGAACAGCGACACUCUGGGGCCUUGUGAUUUGCACCGGUGCAGUUGAAGCACAACUGUUUACGAUUCAACUCCCUUCUGCGCUCUUGUAGUGUGGUCACUUUGUCGCAGUUGACGGACUGAUGGUUUACACUUUCGCAGUAAACGCACGGUCUUCUUUUUGGUUCCCCUUGGCGUGUUUGGUAACUUCUGUUCUUCGGUAAAAAAGGCUUCACAGACUUGAACGGUGGCGGCUUGUCUUGUCCUUGUCUCUCUUCACUGUGUUUGGGCGGGUUUCUGAUGGUCCACUUUCGUAAUGCCUCAACAAGCUGCGGGAAUCUCCAUUCUUGCCAGUCAUCAUCGGUCCUCAACAAGUCUCCUCGAAUUCCUUCUAGCUUGUUCAGUGUUAUCCUUACGUAGCCAUUUACCUCCCCGAGUUUGCCCAUCGUUUCAAGUGCUUGAACAUUUGAGCAUAAUUUUUCAUAAAACUGCGACACCUUGUUUGGGUUUGCUCCGUAAAUCGAAGGAAGUGACAUGAUGCCGUCAACAUAAGCAUUUACGAUUUCGCUUUCUUUCCCGAAUUUUAACUUCAAAAUAUUCUUUGCUCGUUCGUAGCCUUCUGUGGUCAACGGGAGGCCAUCUAUGGACGGUCGAACUUGCGGUUCCAAAAGCUCCUUAAGAUAGGAGAACUUUGUGAUUUGUGAAAUAUCUGCUGCAUCAAUUUCCGCUGUGAAUUGACCCCAGAACCGCAACCAGUCGGCGGGUGUGCCUUUAAACUGAGUGAUGACAAGUUUUGGCAACUUGGCGUUGAUGGUUUGCUCCUUUUUCUCUUCAAUUUUCUUCUCGUAUUUUUGCUUUUGCUCCAGUUUGGCCUUUUCGAACCGCAUUUCCUCGUCGUACUUUUUCUCCCUGAGCUGUGCGUCAUGCUCCUCCUUUUCUUUCUCUUCUGUUUGCGCUUCGACGCGUUUGCAUUCCUUGAUCGUCACGUCGAGCUGGUCGAUUGUCGCCUCAAACACACUAGCACGUUCUUCGAUUUCUGUGCUCUGUUUCACGAUUUCGUGUUCUUCCUUUUCUGCCUCAAACAUCAGUUCUUGUAUUUCAGUUUUCAGAUCGUGGACUUCUUCAACUUUCUUCUUUAAGGUGUUUUGUAUUCUCGCCAUUGAUAUGACCGCUUUAUUUCCGAUCGCGGUGAUUGCCUGUCCUUGGGUUAGUUUAAGGGUCUGCAGCUUUGCGUUGAUCGCUUUCGUAAGCUGAUCGACUGUUUUCGCCAUCUUCUGUUCGCUGGGUCCCGUCGGAGGUGCCACUUUUGUCGGGAACGGGUAUCCGACAAAUAAGUCACAGGUUCGCUAUCUCGCUCUCUCUCUCUCAAAACACACACCCCUCCUCAGCCGAUCUUACUACACUGUUUUUAAUCAAGUCCAACGUUCAAAAAAGAUUGUCUUUCACUCAAUAUCAACAACAGCAACGCUUUCCGGUCACGCUAUGUCACGCUUUCCGUCAAUCCUUCGUAACAUGUUCUGAAGAAAACUUAUGCACACCUUUUCAAGCCCGUAUUGUGUCUUGGUGACCUUCGAUAUUCUGCAUAUGAUCUUGUGUAGGUAAAAUCGUCACGUCUUCCGAAGAGAUUAUUUCGACCCUAAAUAGCAAACAGUGGAGCGUUUAUAAUCUUCAGGAGACGUGAACUUUUUAUUUACGUUACUUUGUAGGUCAAGAAAUUUUACGUAACUCUUACUAAAUUUCAACUUAACCCUUUAACUGCCAUGAGUGACCAAGACGGAAUUUCUCCUUACAAUAUCAAUACAAUAUCAGGCAGAUAAGUGAUGAGAAUAGCGAAAAAAUCAAUCAGGAGGUCAAUUAGUUGUUGAUCAAAUAAUAAAUUCUCCGAACUAACAUUAUAAGAAUUGUAUGGCAGCCAGUAACAAGAAGUACUAAUGAGAUCUUGGGAGUGAAAGGGUUAAGGUGGCUUCUAACUUUGUAUGGGGAGGUUAAUUCACAUUUAAUUUUCCCUGUUGUUGAUCUAAUUUACAAAUUUGUUGAGAACUCAAGGAAAGGGACGAUUACUUCGAAGAAAAGUAUGUUCAAGCCGGAGUUGUAGAGUGUUGUUCAUUUGAACUCCAGAUUUAAUAGCAAGGUUUCUAGUCAGAUACAUCAGAACCGUUUCGGCAAAGUCCUUUGCGCGAGUCGAAAAGAAUUUGCUAUAAAAAAAAUUUAAAAAAAAAAAAAAAUUGAUGGUAGCUUAUCGCGUGGAACUCUGGAAGUAAGGCGCACGGAAAUGAGGGACUGCUUGUAGUUUACUUUUUCUAAGAUAUCUUAUGGUUCACUUUUAUUCAGGUACCAGAGAACUGUCCGUGUCUUCAGUCACUCACGAACUGACCACUAUUGGUUUUGAUGUUUGGGAUACUUGUCUUGGCGCGCAGGGUGUUACCUUGUCGCGCACCCCACCCACCCAUCCCUCGCAAUAG